AUGGCGGCCCCUUAUCCAACGAAAUGGGAACCCUGGAAACCAACUCCUCUACCAAGUCCACGACGCAAUCUCUUCAGCCUUUCGCCCUCUAAGGAAUUCCUCCACAAUAUGUUCGAGAAAAAGAACAACCCCAUCACGCAGGCCGUCGAAUGCUGCUUCCGAUGUCCCAACGAAAGCCUCCAAAAUUCCGACCAUGGCUACUGGCACGAUUUCUUCUACUACUGGCAUCGCGACCGCCAUCACCCGGGCCUGCACUCCGUCGAAUGCUGCACCGGCUGCUGCGUCCGCUCUCUCACCAACCAAAGCGCCUCAUCAACCAUGCUCCAGCGAGGUGAACUCGCAGCUUCCAGCGCGUGGGACAUUUUGCAGAGAGAGAUCUCGGGCUUCUUCGUGCUCUGGGUGUUUUUCACGGUGACUUACUAUCUCACGAAAUGGUUUCGGAGGGGCAAGAGGCGGGUGGGAUUCGGGGUGAAUGGGUUGGUAUGGGUCGUGGCUGUUACGCUGGUGGCUGCUCUGGCGCCGGAUGGGAGUCAGUUUGUGAAGGCUGGGGUUCUCUUGGGCGCGAUUGUGGGGUUGAGGGCUGGUUGGGAUUUUUUUUGGGAGGAACUCUGGUUGUGA